GGCCUACCUUCCAUUGAAAAAAAGAGGCUCGAAUCCAGACUGAAAACGUUGUCGUUGAUGCAGUGUGAUUGUUUACACACAAGCAUUUCCUGCAAUAUUAUCAGUUUUUGAAUAUAAUAAAUGGCCUCGACUUUACUGUCACCCAUGGUGGAUUAUUAUAACGACGAGGAGGAGCUAGACAGUGUGGAUGAAGAUGAAGAUCGCAGUUUCAGAGGAAGAGACUCGGAAGAAGACACGGAAGAUGCCAGUGAAACAGAUCUGGCCAAACAUGAUGAGGGCGAUUAUGUUGAAAUCAAAGAACAGAUGUAUCAGGACAAACUGGCAUCCCUGAAAAGACAGCUCCAACAACUGCAAGAAGGCACGCUGCAGGAGUACCAGAAGAGAAUGAAGAAGCUUGAUCAGCAGUAUAAAGAGAGACUGCGUAAUGCUGACCUCUUUCUACAACUUGAGACAGAGCAGGUGGAAAGGAACUACAUCAAAGAGAAGAAAGCAGCGGUGAACGAAUUUGACGAUAAGAAAGUGGAACUGAAAGAAAACCUUAUUGCAGAGCUGGAAGAGAAGAAGAAGAUGAUCGAGAACGAGAAAUUAACAAUGGAGCUGACAGGAGAUUCCAUGGAGGUGAAACCUAUUAUGACCCGGAAGCUCCGGAGACGACCCAAUGAUCCUGUGCCCAUUCCAGACAAACGGAGAAAGCCGGCACCUGCCCAGUUAAACUAUUUACUCACUGAUGAACAGAUCCUGGAGGAUCUAAGAACAUUAAACAAGCUUAAAUCUCCGAAAAGACCAGGUAUGGACGUUUUGUCUUUUAGAGCGUCCCCGUCUUCUCCAGAGCACCUCCCAUCCACUCCAGUGGACACCCCAUCCCAGCGUUAUGAGGCACGGAUAGAGGAGGGGAAACUCUACUAUGAUAAGAGAUGGUACCAUAAAAGUCACACAAUCUAUCUGGAGUCCAAGGAGAACACCAAGAUCAGCUGUGUCAUCAGCUCUGUGGGGACCAAUGAGAUCUGGGUGAGAAAGACAAGCGACAGUACAAAGAUGAGGAUCUAUUUAGGGCAGCUGCAACGAGGGGCCUUCAUCAUUAGACGCCGGUCAGCUGCAUAGACGUCACUCUUCCUCAUCUUCUUCUCUUUCAUGUGUGUGUGUGUGUGUGUGUGUGUGUGUGUUUUUAAACAAACAUUUUAAAACUCUUCCUGUUUUACGAACACAUCUACUACACAUUGAAGCAUGAUAUUUCUUCCUGUCUCUCAUCUUAUUUUGCUAUCACUCUCUCACAUAUGAUAUAGAUAUUGCCAAAGUAUAUCAUGAAAUGUCUAACGUUUAUCUUUAUUUUUGCAUUUUCUUUCUGUAUGAACUUUGCAUUGUACAUGUAAUGCAGUCACAACGUCUGAGGUAAUGUUUAACCUUUUACUGUUUUAUUUCAAAGAGCUCUCUACGAUGAAGCGAGUAGACAACAAUACAUUUUGGCGCUAUAUUGUAUUACCAGUAAGGCAUUUUCAACUGUUAUUUUGUUGUUGUUUUUUUUUUUUUUUUGUAUAUGUAAUGCCAUAAUCUGUUCUCUCCAUGCACUUGAAAGUGUAGAGUUUCUAAUUACUUUGCGUGUUUUAAUUUUGUAUUCAGUCGAAUUUUAAAUAAAUUUGGCUCAUACAGUACAAAACAACAUUUAUUUCUUCAGAAUAGUUUUCUUCUUCUUCCCUUUAACAAUACUGUAAGUUGACUCGUUUUUAAUGCCCUUAUACAUGCAUGUAUAAUGAGAAGCAUUCAUUUGCAUUCGUAUUUAUGUUCCUGGCAGAAGAUUUCUUUUUUUUAUAUAACAACUAAAUUUCAGCAGGUUGCUAAGAUGUUCAUAGUGCCUAAAUAUACCAACUUCUCAAGAUUUUUAUUAUUUUGGGAAUGCAUACUGUUAAAUUUUUUUAACAAGAAGAAAUAGUUCACCCAAAAAUGCAAAUUCCAGAAUUAAGAUACUUUUAAUAAUAUUAUAAUAUUGCUUUCUGAAGUGAACAGUUUAUCUCAUCUGAAAUAUAUUUGCACAGAUCAAGCACCAUUUAGCAAAAACAAUCCAAACAGUUCGAAACGGAUACAUUUUAAUGAGAAGACAACAGGGGAUGGAAGCUCCACUGGAGGAAGCUUUAUUAUGGAUUGUGGACUAGUAUUUUAGCUGGAAGUGAGUGUUUAAAGUUAAAACUCUUUUAAAUGGGGGUUGUUUCUUACAAAUUUUUAUUUUUGGGUGAACUGUUCCUUCAUUUCAUGGGAGGCCAUUUCUCAUUUGCAUAUACAGUAAUUGAAAUUGUUUAAACAUUGUUGAAUGCCCAACUGUUGCUUCAAAUGGCCAAUUUUUCAUGAAAAUUGAUGCCUUAAGGUCACUUACUAUCAUUGGCAGUGUAAAUAGAAAAUGUUUGUUCGCUUUCAUACAGAUGAUCUUAGCAGAAGAUUUAUUACCAAGGCAAGUUACAGGAAGAUGUUACAAUUACAACAGGUUUACUGCAAUUACUUCUGAUGUCCUGUCAUUUUCCUGGCAUAUUGAUUUGUUGUUGUUGUUUUUUACAUUUCCUCUAUAAAAGACAGCCGAUUCUCCGGUACAAAACUCAA